CACAAGUGACGCAAGAUUAUCAAAAAAAAUAAAAUUUAGAAGGCAAAAAUAUUUUCUAAAGGAAUUUUAACAAUUAUUUUCAAUAAAACUCUAUAUUUUACUAAUAAAAUCGCAAAAGUUAUAAAUUUAUAACUAAAAAACCAUGCAUAGUUUGAAAAUUUUGCAAAGAUGGCCGCUAAUAAAAGCUAGAAAAGCUACACACAUAAUGCAAACAGCCUCUAUAUCGGUGAGAACAGUGGAAAAGCCCAAAAUUAAGGAGGAGGAGAACUCCCUUUAUCCACGCAAAAUAUUCUCGGGCAUACAACCUACCGGCCAAUUGCAUUUGGGCAAUUAUCUGGGUGCCAUACAAAAAUGGAUAGAGCUGCAAAAUAACCAAGAAGAUGUUACCUAUUGCAUAGUCGAUAUGCAUUCUAUAACAAUAGAUCAGAAUCCUGCUGUUUUACGUGAAAAUAUUUUCGAAAUGGCCGCCACCAUGUAUGCCUGUGGUCUUAAUCCUGAAGAUGGCAACUUGUUUGUCCAAUCAUCGGUUAAGGAACAUAGUGAAUUGUGCUGGAUUUUAAAUUGUUUAUGCACCAUGGCUCGUUUGGGUCAUUUGCCACAGUUUAAGGAGAAAUCACGUAAAGUUAAAGAUGUUCCGUUGGGUUUAUAUGUGUAUCCAGUAUUGCAGGCAGCUGAUAUAAUGUUAUACAAAGCCACCCAUGUUCCAGUUGGCGAAGAUCAGCUGCAACACAUACAAUUGACUCAACAUUUAACGCGUAUUUUCAACACUCGUUAUGGCCAGACAUUUCCCGUUUGUCAUGCCAUGAUUGACAAUCAGGAGGCGGCACGCAUACGUUCUUUGCGUAAUCCCACAAAGAAAAUGUCCAAAUCUGAUCCAGACACUAGAGCCACUAUCAGCAUAAGGGAUGAACCCGAUGUUAUAGUGGAGAAAAUUAAAAAGGCCGUAACUGAUUUUACCUCAGAUGUUACUUAUGAUCCCAUUAAUCGUCCUGGUGUGUCUAAUUUAGUGGCCAUACAUUCUCUAGUAUCUGGAACCGCUAUUGAACAAAUUAUCGAAGAAGCCAAAACUCUGGACACAGGACGCUAUAAACUAAGAGUAGCCGAGGCAGUGGUAGAACAUUUAAGACCCAUCAAGUCAAAAAUUGAUACACAUUUGGAGCGUAAAAGUGAAUUGAUCUAUAUGUUGGAGCAGGGCGCGGAAAAGGCACGCCAGCAGGCUCAAGAAACUUUGGAGGAUGUUAAGCAAAAACUGGGUUUAGGCACUUAUGCCAAUAUACCACAAUCCAUAGAUGUAAAUAGUUUCAGUGAUCAAAUUGAGGAGAAACCUAUGAAAGAAACAAAAGUAGAAGCCACCCCAAAAUUAGAUGACAAUGGCAAACCGAUAGUGCCUAAACAAAAGAUACGUGUAGAAAGUAGAAGAUCCAAUCAUACACAGAGUUUGGCACCAGCAUUUGAAAUGGGUUUGGCUGGCGUUCCUAAAUUGAAUAAUAAAAUUGAUAUGGCAGAUACCAGUAGUAAAACCACAUUACAACAAACAAAGGAACAAAGCUCAGCUCAAGAGGUAGAGAGCACGGAAAAAUCUAUAAACUAGUUAAAAAUCUAGUCUUUUUUAGUUAAUUUUAUAUAAAUAAUUUUAAAUGUUUGUGUUUGUUAUUGAAAUGAAAAUGUAAAAGAUUUUCAUUUGAAAUUGAUUUUAUUAAAAUGAAAACAAAAUUUCUUUGUUGAAAAAUGUAUGACUUAAUAAAAGGAAAUACUGAAAUAUUUGACCAAA